GGCUCUGCGAAACUUCGAAAAUGGGUGCGUACAAGUAUGUAUCGGAGCUAUGGAGGAAGAAACAGUCCGAUGUGAUGAGAUUUCUCCAGAGGGUUAGGUGUUGGGAGUACAGACAGCAACCUUCGAUUGUUCGUCUUGUCAGGCCUACUCGUCCUGAUAAGGCUCGUCGUUUGGGUUACAAGGCCAAGCAGGGAUUUGUUGUGUACCGUGUCCGUGUGAGACGUGGUGGACGCAAGAGGCCAGUGUCUAAGGGUAUCGUGUAUGGUAAGCCCACAAACCAGGGAGUGACACAACUCAAGUUCCAGCGUAGCAAGCGGUCUGUUGCUGAGGAGCGUGCUGGCAGGAAAUUGGGUGGUCUCAGAGUUGUCAACUCUUACUGGCUCAAUGAGGAUUCGACGUACAAGUACUACGAGAUCAUCUUGGUUGACCCAGCACACAAUGCUGUGCGUAAUGACCCGAGAAUCAACUGGAUCUGCAACCCAGUUCACAAGCACCGUGAGCUCAGAGGACUUACCUCAGAGGGAAAGAAGAACAGAGGUCUUCGUGGAAAGGGUCACAACAACCACAAGAACCGUCCAUCUCGCAGGGCUACAUGGAAGAAGAACAACUCUCUCGUCCUUCGCCGUUACCGUUGAUUGCCUUUUGCUUUUAUUAUCACUGUUAUCAUCUUCUAGGUUCCAUGUUGUUGCACUUUUAUCUCUCUCAGGAUGACUUGUUUUUGCAAAUUUUGGAGACUAUACAAUUAUGCUUUGAACCUAAAUUUUAUAUUUGCUUGCUGUUUUGUUUAUGUUAGUCCGGUUUUGGAAUAGAACUAUCGAGUCGAG